UAUAUCAAAAGCAUAUCUACAAAUUAAAGAAAUUUAAAGUGUAGAUAUACAUUUUGAGUAAAAAAUACCUUUUCAGUUGUUCUAUUUUCGAGAGUUGUCCAACAAGCUCUGAAUAAAUUGAGUCCAAUGAGGGUUCAUUCCCUUAGUUUCUUCUUGUUGUCUUUGUUGGUUGUUGCAGGAUUCUGUAAUGCAGAUGAACCGUCAUUCCAAGUUCUCGGAAAGGCAGGAUGUGCCGACUGCGAGAAAUACAAUUUUAAGAACAGUCAGUCAUUUUCAGGACUUCAUGUGACAAUUGACUGCAAGCUCAAAAAUGGGGACAUGAAAAGAGUUGGCGCCGGUGAUCUUGAUGAACACGCCGAAUUCAAGAUUUCUCUUCCGCGAGAUAUUGUGCAUGAAAAUGGAGAAAAACUCACAGAGAAUUGCUAUGCCAAGCUCCACAAUAAUGCUGCAGCUAUACCAUCACCAUGCCCUGCACCUGCACAGAAUGGCCUUGAGGCAUCACAUAUUGUGUUCAAGGCACAAAACACUUUUGCACCCGCUCAAGUCUUACAGUUCUCUGCUGCAUUGUGCAAUUCCAAAUUCUUCUGGCCCUUUUUCAACCCCAACCAUCCCUGGUUUAGAAACUUGGGUCAUCCAUGGUUUCUUCCUCCACCUGUUAACAAUCCUACACCAGUUCCUUCACCCCAAGAUCCUGGAUACACCCCACCUGUUGUUACACCACAGCCACCAAUCAAAGCGCCUCUACCACCACCUCAAGUUCCUGCUCUUACACCCCCUGUUGUGCCACUACCUCCACCUUCAGUCCCCACCUACAUACCACCAGUUCACACUCCACCAAUUAACAAUCCUCCUAAGAAGCCAUGCCCACCCACCCAACCUCAGCCACCUAACAAUGAGCCACCAGUGCACCCCCUCCCUCCACCUGUUCACUAUAAGUCAAAACCACCAGUUCACACUCCACCAGUUAACAAUCCUCCUAAGAAGCCAUGCACACCCACCCAACCACAGCCACCUAACAAUGAGCCACCAGUGCACCCCCUCCCUCCACCUGUUUACUAUAAGCCAAAACCACCAGCUCAUAAGCCUCCUAAGAAGCCAUGCCCGGAGCCACCAGUGGAGCCACUCCCUCCACCUGUUCCAGUAUAUAAACCGAAGCCACCUGCACACCAACCACCUAAACACCCUCUUCCACCACAUGUUCCAGUCUACAAGCCAAAGCCACCUGUUCAUCAGCCACCAAAACAGCCUGUUCCUGAACCACCAGUGGAACCACUCCCUCCACCGGUUCCAGUCUAUAAGCCAAAGCCACCAGUUCAUAAUUAUCCUAAGAAGCCAUGCCCACCCAAAAAUACAGAGCCACCAGUGCACUACCCUCCUAUCAAGCCUGUGCCACCAGUGCACAACCCUCCUAAUGAGCCGGAGCCCCCCAUAGUAAAACCAUUUCAUCCACCAGUUCCUGUUCACCUAUCACCACCAAUGAAAAAGAAACCUUGUCCUCCUAUUACGGAUCCUCAUCCAUGAUCCACAUAGUGUGUAGUGCGCAUUGUCACCAGUUGCUAAAAUCCCAUAUAUCACAAUAAAAAUUUCUCCAGUCUCCAUGAGAGAAAGUUGUGUGCAAAACAGAAACAAUGUCAGCAAUGAAUUGGGGAAGUGAAUCCCAGUCUAUUGUUUGUCCUGUUGCUUGAACUUAGCAUCUAUGUAUUUAUUGUCUCAGUUGAGUUGAAAUCAGAUGCUUACAUUUCUUUCCUUUUUCCAA